UAACAUUUUUACUUUAAAACAUGGAAAGUCGUCCGAAUAAAUCAUCAUAUUAUUGUAAAAAGAAUAACAAUUUUAAGAACAAUCGUUUUAAACUCGCACCAGACAUGAAAGGAUUUUUAUGUACUUGCAAUUAUGGUGAAAAGGACUGUCUGAAAGAAGCGAUAAAUUUGUUGAGAGAAUACAGCGAAGAAAAAGACAUACCAUCUGAAGAUCUCUCUAAUACUGUAGAAGAAUCCACAGAAAUUAUGAACUCAUUAGCCGAUGAAUUGAAAAGUUUGUCUGAAAAAGACAAUGCUAAUUGGAAAAAAUUUACUCCAUCAGCUACUGGUGUUGGACAAUGUCUUUUCAUCAGUACCACUGUUGAAGAUCCGUGUGACCUUGUGUAUAAAAUACUUGAAGACAUAGAAAAAACCAAAGUGCAGAAGACAAAAUUUCUUUUACGCAUGCUUCCCAUUUUAGUUACUUGCAAGGCCAAUUUGAUAUCCAUAAAGUCAGCCUGUGCAAAUCUAUUACCUAAGUAUUUUUCUACAGAACCAACAACAUUUGCAAUUUUGUUCAACCAUAGAUAUAACAAUUCAGUGCCGCGUGAUGAGAUAAUCAAAGAAUUGGCCAACCAAGUGGUUAGUUUUGGACAGCAUACUGUGGAUUUAUCUGGUGGGGCUAAAUUAACUAUUAUUGUUGAGGUGGUGAAAUCUGUCUGCUGUUUGUCAGUAGUUAGAGAUUAUGGUCGCUUUUGCAAGUUCAAUCUACUCUCUGUCUGUACUCGACCUGCAAAAAGAACAGUAGAAGGUGAUGUUGAAGAAAGUUCUUCACCUAAAGUUAAAAAACCGGAGGAAAAUGAUCAAGUAAAAGAAGAUGAAAACAUGGAAAAUAAACCUGAGGAAGAAGUUACUGAAAUAUCUGAACAUUAAAUAAUUAAUUUAUGUUUGUUUACUUAUUUUAAGGUAUCAAUAAGAUAAUUAUGUUGAUUAAUAUUAAA